AUGUCGCUUAAUAUUCUGAUUUGGAAUGCCCGGGGUGUGGCUAAUGUAAACACUCAGAACGUCAUCAAGAGAUUGGUGAAGGAUAAUAAGAUCUCAAUUUUGGCAAUCAUUGAGCCGCUUAUCAGGCCUAAGCCUGACUUCUUCAGUAGGGUUUUUGGUCUGAGAUUUAAGGGAUCGAACAUUAAUGGACAUAUUUGGGUGUUCGUUGCGGAAGGAAUUGAGGUGGAUGGGUGGGAUGACUCGGAACAAAUUUUUCAUGGUAGAUAUAGCCUCCCAACAUUAUCUGCCCCGAUCUUUAUUUCAGCGGCCUAUGGGAAGUGCUCGAGGGAGGGAAGAGUGGAAAUGUGGACUAAGCUGAGGGAGUUGGCAGCAAGGUUAGAUGGAUGUCCUUGGUUGGUAGGAGGUGAUUUCAACAUAUUUGUUUCAGAGGAGGAGAGACAGGGAAGUAUGAGGAGGCAAGGUAGGAAAAUCAGGGAGAUGAUGGAUUUUGCGGAGACAAUUAGUGACUGUCAAUUGCUAGAUGUGGGUGCGGACGGACUCAAAUUCACAUGGGCAAGAGGGGAGACGUUUGAAAGAUUAGAUAGAGUGCUCCUUGGUGAGGGGUGGACAAAUGUCUUUGAGACGACUAGGGUUCGUCAUCAUUUGUUUCUAAAGGAAGUGGAAAGGUGUUGGAGGGAGGAAACGGGAACUAAGGGCAUGAUUAAUGUGCAAAUCAAAUUGAGCCGGCUUAAACGUAGCUUGAGGAUCUGGAAUCGAGUGGUCUUUGGCAAUAUUUUUGAAAGGCUAAAAGAAGCUGAGAUGGAGGCUAAGCAGGCUGCAGAGAAUUAUGAACAUAACCCCUUGCCCUGA